AUGUCGGACAGGCGGCCGAGAAGGCGCGGACGGCCGCAGCGCGAGAGGGCGACGCUCAGGGUCCGACUGGAUGCCCGCCUCGGGGGGCCGGGCGCGGGAAAUGGCUCCCCGGCUUCGUUGGCUGGCCGGGCGGCGGUUGUGGGAGCGCGCGGGGAGGCGGCGGCGGCGGUGGCGGUGGCGGCGGCGGGGAGAGGCAGCAAUGGAUGGCGGGCAGCGGUGGCGAGGGACGAGCGCGGAAGGCUGACGGCGGGCGACUGCUGUAGGAGGGGCCCGCGCACCAAGGGGCGGGGCCUGGUGCAGGGGUCCCGGGGGUCCGGGGAAGACCAGCCAUCUCGUGUGUCGGUGCUCACCAGGCGGCGUCUUUGCGGACUCCGGCCUCCCAAGGCAGGAGAGGAGAAGCCUCUGCAGCUUUGGCAGACUCUAGAGUGGGCCUUGAGAGGGACCCUUUCCUUAGACGCCCCCACGUCUGAAAGCGGUGGCCUAGGCAGCUACAAGAUGAAGGGAAUGAGCAUCAUGAUGAGGAAACUCAGAGUCACCACGUGGAGGAGAGAUACCCGGCCAGGAGCGUCUGCAGAGAUUCUGGCUUGCGCGGUGUGGUCUGGAGCCGAGUCCAAGAGACAGGAAGAAGCAAUGUCCUCCUGAGGAAGGGACACUCUGUCUCCUUCCUCAUGAAUGAGAACCCUCCCUGGCUGCCUGUCUCUCUGACCUCCACCAGCUGAUCAGAUGCCAAAGGCGGGGCUGUGAAUCAUCUCAUUUCAUCCUCACCUAGAACCACAAGCAUCUGUUUCACAGCUGAAGCCACUGGCAUGCACAGACGCAAAACUGACAUCCAAAGACAGGAUGCAGCUCAGUGACCUAGCAGGCCAAUGCCUGAGACCUUGGAUUUAGCCCACAGCACUAAAAUGGAGUAAGAUAAUACACAUUACAGGCAGGGGCCCGGGUAGAUGGCUCAGUACAUACUGUUUGUCAAACGAAUAUGAGGGCUUACGUUCAAAUCUCUAGAACCCCAUAAAAAGCCGUGCGUUCAUGCAUGAUUGUAAUACCAGUGGGGGUCGGGGUGCAGAGAUAGGCUGAUCCCUGGAGCUCACCGGACAUGUGAGCCAGCAGAGUGCGUGAGCUCCAGGUUCAGUGAGAGAUCAUGGUGCAGGCGGAGGGGCUGGAGGGGCUGGAGGGAUGAUGGGUCACUGGUUAAGAGCACUUGUUCUUGCAGAGGACCUGGGUUUGGUUCCCAGUACCUACAGGGUGGCUCACCACCAUCUGUGACUCCAGGUCCAAGGGAUGCAACACCCGCUUCUGACCUCCCGGCACUGAACACACAUGGUGCACAGAUGCACAUGCAGGUAAAAUGCUCGAACACAUAAAUAAAACCAAGAAACCCGAGAGAUGGCCCAUCGGGUAACAGCA